AUGGAUCUCUUCUCAUUCUUGGACGGUGAAGCACCGCCGGACGAAGAUCUCAAUGUAGAAUCAAAUCCAGAGCCUCGAAAACGCAAGGCGCCAACUCCAACGCAACACAAUGACAACGCAGAGGCUGGCCCGUCCUCUCCCAAACGCGUCAAAGUCGAUGCGACCAACCCUGUGGUGUUGGACGACUUUGAGACCGAAGCGAAACGAGAAGUUGCUGCCAGUGCUGGUCUUACUGGCUCUACAGUGGAAACUGGCUCCCGGCUCGAACUCCGCCACCAGGUUCGCCAUCAAGUCGCGGUUCCUCAAGGCUACAAAUACAUCCCAAUAUCACAACACGUCCCCCCUACAAAACCCGACCGCGAAUACAAAUUCGAGCUCGAUCCUUUCCAGCGUGUCUCCAUCUACGCCAUCCAGCGAAACGAAAGUGUUCUCGUCUCCGCUCAUACCAGUGCUGGAAAAACCGUGGUCGCUGAAUAUGCAAUAGCUCAAUGCUUGAACAAUAAGCAGCGUGUCAUAUAUACCAGUCCAAUAAAGGCGCUCAGUAACCAAAAAUACCGCGACAUGUUAGCAGAGUUCGGCGAUGUAGGUCUAAUGACGGGAGAUGUAACUAUUAACCCGUCGGCGUCGUGUCUCGUGAUGACCACUGAGAUUCUACGGUCCAUGCUUUAUCGCGGCUCUGAAAUUAUGCGUGAAGUGGCCUGGGUUAUUUUCGACGAGAUCCAUUAUAUGCGUGACAAAGAACGUGGUGUGGUCUGGGAAGAAACCAUCAUCCUCCUACCACACACCGUGCACUAUGUUUUUCUCUCCGCGACUAUCCCCAACGCCAUGCAAUUCGCAGAAUGGAUCUCAAAAUCACAUGAGCAGCCUUGCCACGUCGUCUACACCGACUUCCGACCGACACCACUCCAAAAUUACAUGUUUCCGUCUGGUGGCGAGGGGAUCUACCUCGUAGUCAACGAAAAGGGCGAGUUCAGGGAAGACAAUUUUGGCAAAGCCAUGGCCAAGCUACAGGAGGGUAUGGGCGAAGAUCCCGCAGACUCGAAGAGUGGCAAAGGCAAAAAGGGUAAAACAAGGAAAGGCGGAAACAAGGGACCCUCCGACAUUUCUCGUUUGAUCAAGAUGAUAAUGCUCAAAAACUAUAAUCCUGUCAUCGUAUUUGCCUUCGCGAAACGAGAGUGUGAGGCCUUGGCUUUGACACUGUCUAAAUUCGAGUUCAACUCUUCUGACGAACAAGAGCUCGUUACCAACAUCUUUACAAACGCUAUUGAGAACCUGUCGCCUGCUGACCGUGAACUUCCCCAAAUAUCCAACCUCUUACCGCUCCUCAAACGCGGUAUUGGCAUCCAUCAUGGUGGCCUGCUUCCAAUUCUCAAGGAGGUCAUCGAGAUUCUUUUCCAAGAGGGACUUAUCAAAGUGCUUUUCGCCACAGAAACCUUCUCCAUCGGUCUCAACAUGCCUGCCAAGACGGUCGUCUUCACCACCACGCGCAAAUUCGAUGGACGAGAAUUCCGAAACCUUACGUCUGGAGAGUACAUCCAGAUGUCUGGACGCGCUGGUCGUCGUGGUCUCGAUGAGCGUGGCGUAGUCAUCAUGAUGUGCGACGAGAAACUGGAACCUAGCGCUGCAAUCAACAUGGUGAAAGGCGAGGCUGACCGGCUUGAUUCAGCAUUCCACCUGGGGUAUAAUAUGAUUCUCAAUCUCAUGAAAGUCGAAGGGAUUAGCCCCGAAUUCAUGCUUGAAAAGUGCUUCUUCCAAUUCCAGAGUAGCACAGGUGUCCCAAAAUUGGAGGAAGAACUCAAAGCGCAAGAGGCGAUCAAGGCCGCCGUACGGAUUCCUGACGAGGCUCUCGUCGAAGAAUAUUAUCAGUAUCGGACUCAGCUUGACCAAAUGAAUGCCGAUUUCAGAGCUGUCGUCACACAUCCAACGUACUCUCUCCCAUUCCUACAAGCCGGCCGACUUGUCAAAGUCAAAUACCAGAAGCAGAAUUUUGGCUGGGGUGUCGUCAUCAACUUUCAGAAACGCCUCCCACCGAAAAAUCGACCCAUACCAAAAGGGGAGGAAAUCCCACCUCACGAGCAAUACAUCGUCGAUGUCCUCCUCAACUGUGCGCUGGGAAGUAGUAGCACGAAGGACAAACAGACAAUAACAGCUGCUCCCACUGGUGUGCAACCGUGCGCUCCGGGGCAAAAGGGCGUUGCAUUAGUUGUCCCUGUGCUGCUUUCCACCCUUGAGGCCCUCAGCCAUCUACGCAUAUUCCUUCCCAAAGAUCUCCGGCCCGAAGCGGCCCGUGACACUGUUUGGAAAAGUGUCCUUGAGAUUCACCGUCGUUUCCCAGAUGGGAUUGCCCUCUUGGACCCUGUCGAAAACUUGGGCAUCAAGGACGAAAAAUUCAGUGCUUUGAUUCAGAAAAUUGCCUUGUUGGAGAAGAAAAUGUCUUCAAGUCCGCUUCACAAGGACUCGCGUUUACCUGAGCUAUUCGAGAAGUACGCAGAGCGAGAAGCCAUCAAGGACCGUAUUCGUGGUCUCAAACGGCGAAUACAAGCUACCCGCGAUGUCUUGCAAAUGGAGGAACUAAAGGCACGAAAAAGAGUGUUGCGGCGGCUAGGUUUCACUGACUCUGCCGACAUCGUCGACAUGAAGGGUCGUGUGGCCUGCGAGAUAAGCUCUGGUGACGAGCUGCUUCUCACUGAGCUAAUCUUCAACGGCGCCUUCAAUUCUUUGUCACCUGAGCAAUGUGCAGCUCUCCUUAGCUGUUUCGUCUUUGCCGAGAAGAGUGAGCAAAUCACCAAAUUGAAGGAGGAGCUUGCAGCACCAUUGCGGUCGAUGCAAGAAAUAGCAAAGCGUAUUGCCAAAGUCUCCAAAGAGUCAAAAAUUGAGCUCGACGAAACCGAAUACGUUGCCUCUUUCAGAGUGGAAUUAAUGGAUGCAGUAGUCCAAUGGUGCCGCGGCGCAUCGUUUUCUGACAUUUGCAAGCUCACGGAUCAAUUUGAGGGCAGCGUUAUCCGCGUUUUCAGGCGACUUGGGGAAUUGCUCCGGCAGAUGGCCCAAGCAGCAAAGGUCAUCGGCAACAACGAAUUGAAGGAGAAAUUCGAAAAGUCUUCCGAGAUGCUUGAACGACCCAACUCUGUCAUCUUUUGUUCCUCUUUAUACCUAUAA